GGAAGAAGAGGCGAUCCGAAAGGGGACUGCUCCGCGCAGAAAGUUGGGUCUGCUGGCCAUCUCGCACGCUAAGGCACCCAUCACGCAUUACGUUCAGAACCCUGCCCACAGGAAGAGGGAGGAGCGAGAUGCUCGCAUGAAGUCUGAUACGAUGCAAUCCCUUUUAACACUGACGCCCCAAUUUGAUGGUCUGCUUCGCCCUUCAGAUUAUCCGCCGCGAAGAAAAAGUCAGAGGGGGUGAAAUCAGGAGAGCAUCGCUUCGGACCACUUGGAACCGAGUCCAAUUCCUCAAUCGAUGCAUCGCCUGUUGGCACUUUCUUCAUUCCCACCGCUGUCAUUCAUCGAUAUCUACCCACGCGCGCGACAAGCUGCGCAGCUACGCUCGCCGCUCAAGCUCAUCCUUUGGUCGCAUUGGUCGCGACAAGAUUGUGAAUGCGCCUGGCUGCGGCAGACCGGAAAGUUUGCAAAAGCGGGGGAAUUACCAAGAUGCUAUGAACAAAUACAUGCGGCUCUUGCUGGCUGACACCUCGAAUGAAGUUCUGGCAGAGUCCCUAGAGCCACCGUGACUGCCUUUUCCUGCGUCGCUUGACCUUACACUCAAUCAUUUUCUCGCAACAGCUUCAUUCAAAAUCGCAC